AUGUCUGCAAUUCCUGCUGAGGAGAGUGAUCAACUGCUGAUCCGACCCCUUGGAGCUGGACAAGAAGUAGGAAGAUCAUGUAUUAUUCUGGAAUUCAAAGGAAGAAAAAUAAUGUUGGAUUGUGGGAUCCACCCUGGCCUAGAAGGAAUGGAUGCUCUUCCUUACAUUGAUUUAAUUGACCCUGCUGAGAUUGAUCUCCUAUUAAUUAGUCAUUUCCAUUUGGAUCACUGUGGAGCUUUGCCUUGGUUUCUACAGAAGACAAGUUUCAAAGGAAGGACUUUUAUGACUCAUGCAACAAAAGCUAUUUACAGAUGGCUUCUUUCAGAUUAUGUCAAAGUUAGUAAUAUAUCAGCGGACGACAUGCUGUAUACGGAGACAGAUUUGGAAGAGAGCAUGGACAAAAUUGAAACUAUCAAUUUUCACGAAGUUAAAGAAGUUGCCGGAAUCAAGUUUUGGUGUUAUCAUGCAGGCCAUGUUCUAGGAGCUGCCAUGUUCAUGAUUGAGAUUGCAGGCGUGAAGCUUUUGUACACUGGUGAUUUCUCAAGACAAGAAGAUAGACACUUAAUGGCAGCUGAAAUUCCUAAUAUUAAGCCUGAUAUUCUUAUUAUUGAAUCUACUUAUGGGACCCAUAUCCAUGAGAAGCGUGAAGAACGAGAAGCAAGAUUCUGUAAUACUGUCCAUGAUAUUGUAAAUAGAGGGGGCAGGGGUCUCAUUCCUGUAUUUGCGCUUGGAAGGGCCCAGGAGCUUCUUUUAAUUUUAGAUGAAUACUGGCAGAAUCACCCAGAACUUCAUGACAUUCCGAUAUAUUAUGCAUCAUCUUUGGCCAAGAAAUGUAUGGCAGUGUACCAGACAUAUGUAAAUGCCAUGAAUGACAAAAUCCGAAAACAGAUAAACAUCAAUAAUCCUUUUGUUUUCAAACACAUUAGUAACCUCAAGAGCAUGGAUCAUUUUGAUGACAUUGGUCCCAGUGUUGUCAUGGCGUCCCCUGGUAUGAUGCAAAGUGGCCUGUCCAGAGAACUGUUUGAAAGCUGGUGUACUGAUAAGAGGAAUGGUGUCAUUAUAGCAGGAUACUGUGUAGAAGGGACACUUGCCAAGCAUAUUAUGUCUGAACCUGAAGAAAUCACUACCAUGUCUGGACAGAAGUUACCAUUGAAAAUGUCUGUCGAUUACAUUUCUUUCUCUGCUCACACAGAUUACCAGCAAACCAGUGAAUUUAUUCGUGCUUUGAAACCUCCUCAUGUGAUUUUAGUCCACGGGGAACAGAAUGAGAUGGCCAGAUUGAAAGCAGCCUUGAUUAGAGAAUAUGAAGAUAAUGAUGAAGUUCACAUAGAGGUUCAUAAUCCUCGAAAUACAGAAGCAGUGACCUUAAACUUCAGAGGAGAAAAACUAGCCAAGGUCAUGGGCUUUUUAGCAGACAAAAAACCAGAACAAGGCCAGCGGGUCUCAGGAAUACUUGUUAAAAGAAACUUCAAUUACCACAUACUUUCUCCUUGUGACCUUUCUAAUUAUACCGAUCUAGCCAUGAGCACUGUCAAACAAACUCAAGCCAUCCCAUAUACUGGUCCUUUUAAUCUCCUGUAUUACCAGCUGCAGAAAUUGACAGGUGAUGUAGAAGAAAUAGAAAUUCAAGAAAAACCUGCUCUGAAAGUGUUCAAAAAUAUCACUGUUAUACAGGAGCCAGGAAUGGUGGUAUUAGAAUGGUUAGCAAAUCCUUCCAAUGACAUGUAUGCUGAUACAGUAACAACUGUGAUAUUAGAAGUUCAGUCAAACCCGAAAAUAAGGAAAGGUGCUGUCAAUUGCAUUUCCUUCAAGACAGACUUAAAGGUGACCCGACAAAGUGCAGAAAUUAUAGAAGAGGACAUAUUUGGAGAAGACUGUGUCAGUGUCAAAGAUGGCUCUGCUCUUAGUGUCACAGUAGAUGGGAAAACUGCAAAUAUAAACUUGGAUACACGGAUUGUAGAAUGUGAAGAAGGAAGUGAAGAUGAUGAAUCCCUCCGAGAAAUGGUGGAGCUGGCUGCACAAAGACUCUAUGAGGCCCUUACACCAGUUCAUUGA